AUGGCUAGUGAACGAUGGAAGGACGAUGUCGCAUACGCGAUAACUCCUUUUAAAUUGGUAGCGUGGUCCAUCGGUAUCUGGCCAUUUCAAGUUCAUAAUGUUUAUUCAUUGAUACGAUAUGUCGUGGGCAUUUCUGGUCCGGCCUUCAUGCUCAUCAAAUCCAGUUUCGAAGUUUAUUUGGGCUGCACGGACGCGGAGACAAGCGUAGAUUGUCUCAUGUUAAUAUGUUGCGCAAUACUUGGUGUGCUGAAGGCGAUAUGGUUUCGCAUUUACGCCAAAAAUUUGGCUACAAAUUAUAAAUCUAUUAUGGAGGAUUACUUCACAAUUGAAAACAUAAAAGAGCGUGCUAUCAUGCGAAAACAUGCUUUUAUGGGAAGGACUCUCUGUUGUUUAGUUUUGGGCUUCGGUUGUUUUAGCUCCAUAAUGUAUGGAUUAAACGCUAUUCUGAAUGAAUACAAGCAUGUCAACAUAACAAAGGAUACUAUGCUAGAAUAUCCAGUACCAUCGAAAUGCUUUAUGAGAUACUUAAAUGCACCAGUGAGAAUGCACAAAAUUUUCUGUAUCAUCGAUGUUAUUGCAUUAAUACUAGCAAGUAUUGCAAAUCAAGGUAAUGACGCUUUGUUUCUGAACGCUACAUUGCACAUUUGUGGUCAAAUGAAAAUUCUGAGAGCUAAUUUCCUUGAUUUUGAUAUCAAAGACCUGCAUAUCUACGAUCGUUUCAACGUACUAAUUGAAAGGCAUAAAUACUUAAUAAAAUUGACCAGAGAACUUGCCGAAAUGAUUAGUUUUGUUUUGCUGAUAGAAUUAUUUAUUAUCAGUAUUCUUUUGUGCAUAAUGGGAUUUCAACUUAUUUUACAAUUAGGUGAAAACAACGUUGUUUUAAUUACAAAAAAUAUAAUGGUACAAAGUACUUUUAUAACACAAUUAACUUUAUACAGUGUUAUUGGAGAUUAUUUAAAAUCCGAAAUGGAGGAAAUAGGGCUUUCUAUUUAUCAAAGCAGUUGGUACAAUUUUCCUGCAAAGCUAACAAGACAUAUGAUAUUCAUUCUUAUGUGUUCAGAUUCCCCCGUUGCUUUGCAAGCUGGAAAUUUUAUCGUAGUAAAUUUGGUAACUUACGUGAGCAUCUUGAAAGCAUCUCUUUCAUAUCUCUCUGUACUUCGUGUAAUGGUAAAGGUGUGA